UGAAUGUGGGCCUGAUAUACGCGUGCACAUACAAAUAAGUCUAAACUAUCGAGUACACUUUUAAAUCCAUAACAGAUAACUUUAAAACGUGUUCAAAUGAAACAAAAAAUCUCCCUUACCCAAGCCGGCCUUAAAGCUGCCCUGACUCCGGGUCGCGCUGUGGUCAUCAAAAUAUAAACAAACUGUCAGGCGGAGGCCGGUAUCCUACAGGUGGCCCUCUCGAAGCAGCGUCAGAAAUAGCUUUUUAGAAGGUCCAAAACCCGUUGUGCAUCGUUAGAAAAGAUGGCUAAAGGAGAUAUAGCUAGAACGCUGAGUAAAAUAAGACUCAGAAUGAUGGUGCUGUGUCUCUUGGGCGUUGCACUGUCUGUCUAUGCUCUUUACGUCGAGUUCCUGAAGGAAGCCGAUGAAAAUUACGAAGCCAUGUGUGACAUCAACUCUUACAUCUCCUGCUCCAAAGUCUUCACUUCCAAAUAUGGCCGAGGCUUUGGCAUUGUGGGUGAGUACCUUGGGAAGGACCACAUCCUGAACCAGCCAAACAGCAUCCCUGGCAUCAUGUUCUACAUACUGAUCCUUGCCCUUGGUGAGAUCAGGUCCCCAACAGCAGCAAAGAUCCAGCGUGGCUUGGUCUUCACCUCCAACUUUAUGAGUCUCUACCUAGCUUACCUCCUCUACUUCAUCCUACAUGACUUUUGCAUUGUUUGUAUCAGCACAUACAUUGUCAACUUCUUGUUAACCCUCUGUGCCUUCCACCGAGUAUCUACACUUGGGAAACUGCCCAAGAGGAAAAUGAAGUAGGCAUAUGGUGGGAAGCAACUUUGGUGAAGAUAAUUGUAUUCUGUAUUUUUGAACAUUUUCUGAUGGAACUUCUGUGAUGAACUUAACAUCUCUGCAAAAGACACAUCCAAAGGAAAAUCCUGCAUAUGAAAAAAAAGCAGUAUUGCAUAGUAUCAUCAUCAGCUGCUUGCUUCACAAUCUCUUACUUUUGUUAUUAAUUUUCUUUUAUUUUUUGAUUUCCACAGUGCAUAUAAACAAGAGGAAUUUUAUAAUCUUGAUGCAUUCUGUUUAUGUUAUUGUUAAGAAAAUUUGAUAAAAUGAAUAAGUAUAUUCUUACAGCUUGAGAAGUGAGAAAGAGUGAUGGAGUAGGCAAGACAAGGAUUAUCUUUGAAAUGAUGAUAAAGUCAGUAUUUAAAGAAAGGAAUAAUGCUUUUAUCAGAAAUUAUAAUAAACUAUAUAGUAGUUUGUCUUAUUUGGUCCAUUUGUGACUCUGGAAGCUUUUAUGUCAUAAGCUUGAUAGAUGGCAAUAUGUUGUGCAAAUCAGACGAGAAGAUAGCUCUUUGGCUUUAUUUGUGUUGUUUUCAACUUGAUUAUUAGAGUGGAUAAUAAAAGAUAAUGUGAUAACAAUCUUAGGAUAAUGCUGUGUUUUUAUUUUAUUUAUUUUUUUCUCUCUUUCUUCCUUUUCUAGCUUUUUUCAGUGUAUGAGAAGAUAGAGGGACUGAUAUAAAUAUUCAAGCUAGAUAUCCCCAAAAUGAUAGUUGGUUUACCUAAGAUAUUUCUUUAAAAAUGUAUGUAGAAAAGCUCUCUAAUUCAGUUAUUCAAAAAGGAGUGUCAAUAUGCAGUAAAAGCACAAUCCCAAUAGAAAUAAAAGAUUUUCUAUCUUUCCACAA